AGCCUCCAACCUCAGUGGGCCCACUGCCCAGUGUACUGUGCUGCUGGCCUGUGACCUCGUCUUCCUCCUCGAAGCGCCGCCGCCGCUGCCGGCGGCCGGAGAUGGCGCGCCGCGGCGCACAGCUCCUCGCGGCCCGUCGGAUAUCCUCGUCGCCGUGCCUCGCUCGUAGGAUCAAUCAAACAGAAAGUGAGAUUGUUCGGAUGUUUCAUCCUCCAGUACGUCAGAGUGAGGAGGCAAUAGCAACCAUUGGGCCAAGGUACACGCACUCCGUACGUGUCUUGGAUGAGAGGUUCAUUAGGAUCCUGAAGAUUUUCAAGUGGGGCCCUGAUGCUGAGAAGGCACUGGAGGUUCUCAUGCUUAGAGUUGAUCACUGGUUGGUACGGGAGGUUAUGAAAACUGAUGUUGGGGUCAAUGUGAAGAUGCAGUUCUUCAGAUGGGCUGCAAAGAGGAGGAAUUAUGAGCAUGAUACAUCCACUUACAUGGCCUUGAUACGUUGUUUGGAGGUAAUAGAGCAGUAUGGUGAGAUGUGGAAGAUGAUCCAAGAAAUGGUACGGAAUCCCAUUUGUGUUGUCACCCCGACAGAGCUGUCAGAGGUAAUCCGGAUGCUGGGGAAUGCUAAAAUGAUCAGCAAGGCUAUUGCAAUCUUCUACCAAAUCAAAACACGGAAGUGUCAGCCAACUGCGCAGGCAUAUAACAGCAUGAUAAUAAUGUUGAUGCAUGAGGGGCAAUAUGAGAAAGUCCAUGAACUAUACAAUGAGAUGAGCAACGAGGGUCAUUGCUUUCCGGACACUGUGACAUACAGUGCACUAAUUUUCACUUUCUGCAAACUCGGUCGCCGUGAUUCAGCAAUUCAGUUGUUGAAUGAGAUGAAGGAGAACGGAAUGCAGCCAACUGCUAAGAUAUAUACCAUGUUAAUAGCUUUGUUCUUCAAAUUGGAUGAUGUUCAUGGAGCAUUGAGUUUGUUUGAAGAGAUGAGGUAUCAGUACUGCCGACCAGAUGUGUUUACUUACACUGAGUUGAUCAGAGGCCUUGGUAAAGCCGGGAGAAUAGAUGAAGCGUAUCACUUCUUCCAUGAAAUGCAACGGGAAGGCUGCAGGCCGGACACAAUUGUUAUGAAUAAUAUGAUAAAUUUCUUAGGCAAAGCUGGUCGUUUGGAUGAUGCUAUUAAGCUGUUUCAGGAGAUGGGAACGUUGCGGUGCAUUCCUAGUGUUGUGACAUACAACACUAUAAUAAAAGCACUUUUUGAAUCAAAACCUCAUGCUUCUGAGGUUCCAUCGUGGUUAGAGAGAAUGAAGGAAAGUGGAAUAUCCCCUAGUUCAUUCACCUAUUCUAUCCUGAUUGAUGGAUUCUGCAAAACCAACAGGACAGAGAAGGCCAUGAUGCUACUGGAGGAGAUGGAUGGAAAGGGCUUCCCUCCAUGUCCAGCGGCAUAUUGCAGCCUGAUUGAUGCUCUUGGAAAAGCUAAGCGCUAUGAUCUUGCUUGUGAGCUUUUUCAGGAACUAAAAGAAAAUUGUGGCUCCUCCAGUGCUCGGGUAUAUGCAGUGAUGAUAAAACAUUUAGGAAAGGCGGGACGGCUUAAUGAUGCUAUAAAUAUGUUUGAGGAAAUGAAUAAACUUGGUUGUACUCCUGAUGUUUAUGCUUACAAUGCUCUCAUGUCUGGAUUAGCAAGAAAGGGCAUGCUUGAUGAAGCUCUUACUACAAUGAGAAGAAUGCAGGAGCACGGGUGUAUUCCUGAUAUCAACUCAUACAAUAUUAUCUUGAAUGGGCUGGCAAAAGUAGGUGGACCUCAUCGUGCAAUGGAGAUGCUUUCUAACAUGAAACAGUCUGCAAUAAGACCUGAUGCUGUCUCUUAUAAUACUGUCCUUGGUGCCUUGAGUCAUGCUGGCAUGUUUGAGGCAGCAGCAAAGUUGAUGAAAGAGAUGAAUACAUUGGGGUUCGAGUAUGAUCUUAUUACAUAUUCAUCUAUACUUGAGGCUAUCGGAAAUGUUGAUCAUGAAUAAACUAGCAAAGUUUGCUGAUGCACACUAGAUGAGUGUUCAGGCCUCUUUGUUCUUGAAAAAACAAUUCUUUGAUGAAGCCUUACCUGUUUGACAUAUGUCAAAGGAUGUGCCUCUUGCGCUCAAGUGAAUUGUUGUAGAAGGAAAAUAUUGAAGACAGCAACUGAUCAAACUGUGAAGCAAUAACUUCCUGAAAGGUUUGAGAUCUGUGAAGCACAAGCCUAACUACUGUAUAUUAAGAUGUUCUGCAAUCCACACCCACAUGUGACACAUUCCUGAAGUCAGGUUUUACUUACUCUAAUAUUUUCAAGUCAAUCAUUCUAUUACAGUAAAAGGAAAAUGCGUACCACCUAGUUAUCACACAUUUCUCUUGUGUAGCCAUAUCCUGGUUUGUACAUUGAUAAAUCCUGGUGUCCUUUUAAUGUUGGCACUGUUGAAACCAACUUAACUAUUUCAGUACCCGCAAAAAAGAAGAAGAGAGACAUAAUUAUUUCAGUUACUACUUGAAUGGGGCCAAUGUCUGAACUUCUGUUGCUUCAUGCUAACAUCUGUAUCUUUCCAUGGAAAAAAAAAAAGAUUCCUGGUUCAGGCUAAAAUAUGUGGGCAUCCAGUGCAGAUCUACCUUCAACUAGCAUGUAAAGCAGCAUUCCACCAAAAGACAAUGUAGAGCAAGAAGUUAUGUUUGGGAUCAACAUUAUUCUGGAGCCAUAUGUAGCUGCAUACUUGACUAUAAUCCUGUGAUGCUGGAGCACUUCCUGCUUUGUAAAACCAGCAAAGAGUCUUUCAGAGUUAAAUUACGGCAACUUGGAUCCAUAUGUGUAAUUGUAACCUGAAAUUCAGAGGCGAGAUAUUGUCGAAAUUGUACUAAUGUAGCCAUAUGAUCCAUGAUGGAUGUGUUCGUGCAGUGGACAACCUCUUACUGCUGCACCUAGCUCUGCGAAAGCACCAGUGCUCAAGAUUUGUUAAUAUCUCCAGCGUGGAAACGGAACUACCUCAAGUUGUGCACUUCUGGUUUGAGUAUCGGAGAUGCCCUGAUACUCAGAUAGUCUUUUGUGUUUUUUGAGAUUGCUGUAGAAACUGUGCCUCCGCUGUAUGUGGUCCUUGCCAUUAGCUAACAAGAAUGUUUAUUUUUUGAGAUGUAUACGGAUAUUUUUAUGCACUUGAACACAGCUCAACACCAUGUGUUAUCUUUUUAGAAAGUUAAUGUCAUCACAUGCCAGGUU